AUGAGCACCGAUCUGCGGCUCAUCCCUUUCGGAUCACGGUUGUCCACUCAUCUCUCCUCCCCUGCUCGGACCGCAGCCAACGGUCCGCGUCAAAACGCCAAUGGAAAUAUUAAUGUUGUAUACAGAUCUCUGCGAGGGCAGGCGGAGUUUACGAGAGUGUUAGAAGACUCACGACAAGUUCUCAUAGCCGCCAACAUGCGGCCAGACGACCCAUUCCCCAUGGACGACAAGAUCAAAGAAGCUUACUCUCAUGUAGUGGAAAAUACCGCCUUCUUUGGAGAUGUAGCUCUGCGAUUCCCACGCAUUGUUCACCACUACUACGACCGCAACACGGACUGGGGCAGCCUGCUGCGGUGGGGCCUUCACUUCUGUAACCAGACGGGUGUUUUCACUGGAGGAGCGCACCAGCACGUCCUGACGCUCAUGUCACAAGAAUUGGGAAUAACAGAAAAAGCUGCAGACUUCACAAACCCGUAUCGGACUGAGAGAGACGAUGUGCUUCAUACUGCAGAAGCCUUCCAGAAAAUCCUUCGAGAAGAGGAGAAGAGGAGACGGAAGGAAGAAAAGAGGAAAGAAAUCAGGAAAGGCCCCCGGAUCUCUCGCUCUCGCUCGGAGCUAUAG